UCAGAUAGAGUUUUUCAUUCAGUCUACAAAAACCAAAACCCGAAAAUGCGCAUCCUUAUCGUUGUUGCUCUCCUUGCCCUGGUCGCUGUAGCUACCGCUCAGAGGUCUGGAGGUCCCCCGGGAGGUCGUCCAGGAGGACCACCACCUAGGGGUCCUGGAGGUCAACCCAGUGGUCCUGGAGGUCCUGGAGGUCCUGGAGGUCCUGGUGGUCCUGGAGGUCCUCCCAGUGGUCCUGGAGGUCGCCCGAACGGUAAUUCUACAGAGCCUCCACCUUCCGAGGCUCCAUCCUCAGAGGCUCCAUCCUCCGAGGCUCCAUCCGCCGACUCCAACUAAUCAAAGGCAGAUCGUAUCUACAGCUCUGUACCAGAUUCCUCUGUAUGCAUAUGCACUGUAUCUGCAUGUGUACAGACAUAGUAUAUGGAGAAAAUAAAGAGCUUGUUCUUAUUGAAGUAA